AUGGGGACCAGAGUCACAAACAAGUCGAAGACCUUGCGUACAGCUAAAGUGACAGUGUACGACUGGAAGAAAUGUGAAGCGACGUACUCCUCUAAACUGACACAGAGACUAAUGUGUACAUACGACACAAAUGUUGGUCCUUGUGCUUCUGAUUUCGGAGAUCCUCUGGUGUACAAGAAUGCAGUGUACGGAUUGUUCGCCGGUGGUUACAAAUGUCUCUCUGACCCUGCUCUAGUCCCACAAGGGGAUCUGUCGUUCCGGGUGGAAGGUACCAAAUGUGAGAAGGCCGGCCAGCUCUUCACUGCAGACAAGGUUUUAGAAAACGUGAACUACACUGGUACCUGGGACUACGAUAUCGCAGUCGUCAAGCUAAAUAAGCCUAUCAAGUUUGGCAAGCACGUCAAGAUAAAUUUUUGGACGUUCCCAAAAGAAGAUCUGUCGUUCCGAGUAGGAAGUGCCAAUUGUGAGAAGGGCGGCCAGCUCUUCACUGCAGACAAGGUUUUAGUGAACGAGAACUACACUGGUUCCUGGGACUACGACAUCGCAGUUGUCAAGCUCAACAAGCCCAUCAAGUUUAGCAAGUACGUCAAACCCAUCAAGCUCGGCACUACGAGCCUCAAGCCGACGACUAAGGUUGCGAUAGCGGGAUGGGGAGCAGCGUCACAAUCCGAAUUCAAGUCGCUCACCUUGCUGGCAGCUAAAGUGACAGUGUACGACUGGAAUAAAUGUGAAGAAACCUUCUCCUCCUAUCUGACACCGAGAGUAAUGUGUACAUACGACACGAAUGUUGGCCCUUGUGCUUCUGACUUUGGAGAUCCUCUGGUGUACAAGAAUGCAGUGUACGGACUGUACGCCGGUGGUUACGACUGUCUCUUUGACCCUGCUGCGUACGUGAACGUGCCCUCAUAUGUCGACUGGGUCAAAAAUACCAUUGAGAAGUGA